GGAGGGGAAGGGGGCCGGGAGCGGCCCGGCACCUCGGGGUGGGCUGCGGGCUGGGGGUGGGAGCCAUGGACUCGGCGCCAGCCUUCGCCAUGGACAAGCCGUUCGCCCCCAGCGCCGUGCGCGGCCCGGAGCCGCCCGAAAACGCUCAAAGCCGGAAAAACUUCAGCGUGAGCCAUCUCCUCGACCUGGAGGAGGUAGCGGCCGGUAUGAACGGGACCCCUCCGGCCGGUCCCCCGCCCGCCGGUGGCGGUAAGGCCGUGCCGGAGCCGUCGGGAGGCAGCAGCGGCAGCGAGGCAGCGCCCCAGGACGGAGAAAGCCUGAGCCCGAGCCGCGGGGCAGCCAAGAGGAAGAAGAAGCAGAGGAGGAACCGCACCACCUUCAACAGCAGCCAGCUGCAGGCUCUGGAGAGGGUCUUCGAGAGGACGCACUACCCCGAUGCCUUCGUGCGGGAGGAGCUGGCGAGAAGGGUCAACCUCAGUGAGGCGAGAGUCCAGGUCUGGUUUCAGAACCGAAGGGCCAAGUUCCGCCGUAACGAGAGGGCGAUGCUGGCCAACAGAUCAGCGUCGCUCCUCAAAUCCUACAGCCAAGAAGCAGCCAUCGAGCAGCCCAUGGCGCCACGGCCCACUGCACUGACCCCAGAGUAUCUGUCCUGGACCAGCUCCUCUCCAUACAGCACUGUGCCCUCCUACAGCUCCAGCGGGACCGCGACACCCACCCAAGGGGUGAACAUGGCCAACAGCAUCGCCAGCCUGCGCCUCAAAGCCAAAGAGUUCAGCCUCCAUCAGAACCAGGUGCCGACCGUGAACUGACCAGGGCAAAGCCCACCCCGUGGCCUCAUCCAGGAUACAGCGUGGAGCUCCUGUGCCGGUCCAGGACGAACCCAACCCACACGCCACUUGUCCAACGUCUCAGCACCUCUUCUCUCCUCUUCUCUUCCCUUUUGAAGGUAGAGUCAGUCCCAGGCCGAAGUGGCACAUAAUUAUAGCCACAUAUGGAGCAAACUUGGUUAGAAACUUGCUUUCCGCACACCCUUAUAAUAAAGGCUAUAUAUACACACACACAUACCCCCCACGCGCUCUUCGAGGACAAACAGACUUGCCAAGGGAACAAGAAUUUGCUUCCAAACAUGGAAGGAUCUUGGACUAUUGGAUUUGACCAAUUUGGGUAUCUUGCCCAGAGAGCCAAAGAGUUAUUGGGUCUUGUCCUCCCGCAGGGACAGUGUGCAGUGGUGGGAGGAUCAUGAACCCCCCUUUCCGCCAGGCUGCGACUCGUGAUGCUCAACCACACAUGCCGAAGCUGACCCGCGCAUUUGCCUCUUUGUGCUUGGGAAAGACUUUGGGGAAGCCAACAGCUCGUCCCUGCUGCAGCCAGCCCUUUGCAUCGUG